UUUAAGUCCACUGAUAAAACUACAUGCAUUUGACAGCCGGAAAAUAUUUUUGGACGUUGCAAUGCAACUAACGCUUUAGGUCGCAAGAUGUCAGUGUAAACCUAGAGAAAGACUCGUGACGUCAAAUGGCUGCUCAUGGGUUUUUGUUCCGCCUUCUCAGUUUAUUCGUGUGUUUUCUCAUUUUCAGCACCGGUUCUGUAAGAUUUGUCAGGAUUGAGAACAGCGUCUUUCUAUUGUCUGAAUUGUUUUCAGCAUAACGUGAGCAACGAUGGAGCUAUACAACAAAUAUUUAUAGAUUGAUCUUGAAAUUGCGUUGGAAGAGAUUUCUGUAAAAUAGGAAAAAUGGAACAAAGAAGAUGCUCUCAUCAGCUGGAGCUGAAUGCAAAACUCGCUUUCAUUGCUGUAUCGCUGUUGUUUGGGAGAGCAGUUUGGGGACAAACACGGUACACGAUCUUGGAGGAGCAGAAGGACGGAGCUGCUGUAGGAAAUAUCGCGAAGGAUUUAGGUAUUGAUCCCAGAACACUAAAGGAGAGGGGAUUUCGCAUCGUUUCGACCACAGGCGAGUCAAUGUUCAGUUUAAAUCAGAAUGAUGGCGUCUUGUAUGUGAACGGUAAAAUAGAUAGAGAGGAGGUGUGUGAGGGAAGCACCCCGUGUUUAAUCAAUCUGAAAAUCGCUUUAGAAAGCCCAUUAGAAAUCCACUAUGUCACUGUAGAGAUAUUAGAUGUAAACGAUCACAGUCCACAGUUUCCCGAGAAUGAAAAGCGUCUGGAAAUUGGGGAAUCUGCUUUGCCAGGCGCGCGAUAUCCGCUACAGGCAGCGCGAGAUCCAGACAGUGGAAGCAAUUCGGUUCAGACCUACAAACUCAGUCACAACGACCACUUCCGACUUGAAAUUAAAGAUCGAGAAGAAGAUGGUAAAAUUCCUAUUCUGAUUUUACACAAGCCACUUGACAGAGAAGAAACGAAAAACAUAAAAUUAGUAUUAACUGUUUUUGAUGGGGGGAGACCUCCUAAGUCUGGCUCAAUAGAAAUAUUUGUUGAUGUACAGGAUAUAAACGAUAAUGUACCUGUUUUUACGAAAGAGGCUUACACUGUUGUUUUGAAUGAAAACGCACCUGUGGGCACAACAAUUGUACAGGUUAAUGCCACUGAUUUGGACGAGGGUCAAAAUGGAGAGGUCGUUUAUGCAUUGGGAAAUAAUGUCAAUAAUAAUUUACGCAGAUUUUUUAAAGUAAAUUCAAUCACUGGGGAAAUAAUUUUGACCGAUCGUUUGGAUUUUGAGAUGAAGGAUAAAUACGAGAUUGACAUACAAGCAUCUGACAAAGGAAUUGUUCCUCAUGCGACGGAUAAAAGUGUAAUCAUAAAAGUCGUCGAUGUAAAUGAUAAUGCACCGGAAAUAGAGGUCACAUCAUUUUCAAGCUCCAUUCCAGAAGAUUCCAGACCUGGUACCACAGUGGCUUCGAUCAGCGUCACCGAUUUAGACUCAGGGCUCAAUGGAAAAAUCUCUUGUUCAAUAUCUGAUGAUAUACCUUUUAAACUAAUGCCGUCAUCACACGAAAAUAUUUAUUCUUUAGUUACCUCUGGAUUACUUGACAGAGAAUCGACAUUUCAAUAUGACAUAACAUUAGUUGCAAAAGAUGCGGGACAACCAUCGCUGUCUACUAUUAAAACUAUAACAACUCUGAUAUCAGAUGUAAAUGACAAUAUUCCAGAAUUCUCAUUUUCCCCAUAUGCGUUUUAUGUGAUGGAAAAUAAUGUUCCAGGCAAAUUUUUAUUUUCUGUGUCUGCUACUGACAAAGACUCUAAUGAAAAUGCUAUAGUUAGCUAUCAAAUAUGGAGAGAAAGUAGCGAGGAAAAUAAAUAUACGUCUUUCAUUAAUAUUAAUUCUGAAAAUGGGGAGAUUUAUGCGCUUAAGAGUUUUGAUUUUGAAACUGUUAAGACAUUCCAGUUCCAUGUUAUCGCUACAGACUCUGGAUCUCCGUCUCUGAGCAGUAAUGUGACAGUGAAUGUGUUUAUUCUGGAUCAGAACGACAAUGUUCCAGUGAUCUUGUAUCCAGUCAGCUCUAACGGUUCUGCUGAGGGUGUGGAAGAGAUUCCCCGUAAUGUGAACGCAGGUCAUUUGGUGACUAAAGUCAGAGCCUAUGACGCAGAUAUAGGAUACAACGGCUGGUUAUUAUUUUCACUGCUGGAAGUUAGUGACCACAGUCUCUUUAGUUUGGACCGCUAUACAGGACAGAUAAGGACCCUUCGCUCAUUCACAGAAACAGACGAGGCCCAGCAUAAACUGCUCAUUCUGGUCAAAGACAAUGGGAACGUUUCUCUCUCAGCAACAGUGACUGUGAUUGUCAAAGUUGUGGAGCCCAAAGAGGCUUUUGCAGCUUCUGAUUUUAAAAACACAGUAAAAGACGAGGAAGAAAACAACGUGACAUUUUAUUUAAUCAUCACUUUGGGCUCGGUUUCAGUGCUUUUUGUCAUCAGCAUCAUCGUGUUGAUUGUAAUGCAGUGCUCUAAAUCGACAGACUAUUCGUCCAAGUAUUUGCAGGAACCAAAUUACGACGGGACUCUGUGUCACAGCAUCCAGUACAGAUCUGGAGACAAACGGUACAUGUUAGUUGGACCCAGAAUGAGUAUCGGCUCUACUUUAGUCCCGGGCAGUAAUGGAAAUACUCUAGUCAUACCAGAUCGAAGGAGGAGAGAUUCUGGAGAGGUAAAAUUGUGAUCUGUGAUGGCUUUUGUGUAUAUUUUGUUUGGCCGAACUGUCCUCUCAUCACCCUCAAAUACAUUCAAAAUAAACAAAUGCAGUAGUUUUUUAAUGUGAGCACAUGAAAAAGACAAGCUGAUCUCUGAUGUAAAAUGGUUCAACAGGCUAAAGGCCCCUGAAUCUGAAUGAUGAGAUAAUGAUAGUUUCAGAACUCAAGGAAUGAACAUAUGUAUGUGUUUACAUACAAUCUGUAUAUAUGUCUGGAGUGAGAGCAAAUCUCUUCAUUAUCUCACUAACUCCAAUGCAGAUUUUGCUACAAAAGAUGCAAGGCUGAAUGUGAUCCUUUUUGGAUAAUGUUUUUUUUUCAUCUAUACGUAUUUCAUCUUACAUUUAUAAAUGUAUGAAAGUAAUGGAGAAAAUCUCUCUCUCUCUCUCUCUCUCUCUCUCUCUCUCUCUCUCACUCACUCAUUUGUUUGUAGCAUUUAUUUCCCCUGACAUUAUCUGUAUUUGUGAAUUUAAAACGUUGUAUUUCUUGAUUGCAUAUGCUUCCAGAUGUGAUGAAAUCAUGUCAUCAUUAACAUUCCAUCACGCUGCACAUUCUGAUUCCCAUUCAUUCUCUGUCUGGU